AUGAGAGAAGACCUAUGUCCUGGGAACGGGACAAUCGAAGAAUGUGCCACAUGGAUCGAAGCACCGGCUGACCCAUCUGCUGCGAACGUACCGCUGGCUCCUCGCGGGCGUCCUCCUGGGUCCAUCAACAAGCGUUAUAUCCAGUUGGCAGACACGAACCUCACCAACAUCAACAUACGCCCCUACAAGUGCCCGCACUGCGAAAAGGGCUUUGCGGACAAGUGGCAUCUGAGAAGGCACAUCCGCAUCCACACGGGCGAUCGGCCCUUCGCCUGCCCCUUCUGCCCCAUGGCCUUCAACCAGAAAAACACCCUCAUCGGCCACAUGCGGCGCCACACGGGCGACAAACCCUAUCGCUGCCAGUUCUGCUGCGUGGCCUUCUCCUGGAAAAGCACCUUUGUCAAGCAUAUGCAGCAGCAACAUGGCCCCGAGCACAUUCCGCUCUAA